UAGUUCCUUCCAUUUUAGACAUGCAUUUGCUCUGGCUGCAUUUAUUUUUCCAUUUAUUCAUCUUAAUCAAUGCAUACGAAAAUAUUGCUCUGAGGAAACCAGCAUGGCAGCGUUUUCCCUAUAGCGGUCGACAUUGGUGGGGAGCAGAUCGUGCUGUGGACGGACGGUAUUCAGACCUAUCUCAAUAUGACAACCAGUGUACAAUAUCCGGGAAUUAUCACCAAGUUGCAGAAUGGAGGGUGGAUCUCCAAGAAGUCCUUAGCAUGCAUCAUAUUGUUAUAUACUAUAGGACGGACAAUGAGCCUUGGGGAAAUCCUAGUGAAUACUCGGGACGAUUUUUGGGGUUCUCUGUCUACGUAUCAAACACAACGAACAAAGAGGACGGGAUUACUUGCUUCAAAGACAGAAACUUUACUAGAGCAACAAUAGAGAAUCCUUUAACGAUAAAUUGCCCUAAUCAUGGACGUUACGUCAUCUACUAUAACAAUAGAACACAGCCCCCGUUUCCUUCUGGCUAUUCUACAGAUGGAGCAUACAACGAAAUCUGCGAAUUUGAGGUUUAUGGGUGCCCAACACAAGGAUAUUACGGAGAGAACUGUUCUUUAUCGUGUCCACAGAACUGCCAGGAAGGUCACUGUCACAUCGAGGAUGGGUCCUGUCUGGGGUGUACUGAUGGAUACAAGGGUCCAACUUGUAAUGAACAAUGCCACGGCAAAUCGUACGGUCAAGAGUGUCAGCAAAAUUGUGGAAACUGUAAAAACAAUGAACAGUGUCAUCAUGUGAACGGAAGUUGUAUAAACGGUUGUGGCAGUGGAUUUUAUGGCACAAAAUGUGACCUAACCUGCCCUGAAAGUCGAUAUGGCUACUAUUGUGAGGAGCACUGUAACAUCAACUGUGGAGUUCCAUACAGAUGUGACAGGGUGACAGGGCAGUGUGAGGGAGGAUGCCAAGUUGGUUGGGAAGGGGCCACGUGCAAUACACAAUGUAAUGAAGGAAAGUUUGGUCAAAAUUGCAACCAUUCGUGUGGACAUUGUCUUGACAAUGAACAAUGUAAUUACAUCAAUGGUUCAUGUCCCAAUGGAUGUGAUAUUGGUUAUCAAGGAAGUCAAUGUACACAGGUUUGCAGUAAUAAUACACAUGGAGAUGGAUGUUUGCUUAAAUGUGGGAACUGUUUAUAUUUGUACGGAGAACAAUGUCAUCACCUGACUGGUCAAUGUCCACGAGGAUGUGACAUUGGCUACCAUGGCGAUCGCUGUGACCAGGGUUUUGAAGGUUUAAUUCAUCCUGUAUCUGAGAGCCAAUUAUCCACCUCAUUCUAUGUCUGUACGACAUUUCUUAUCUUAAGUGGAUUACUUAAUGCCAUUUUGGUUGUCAGAUUUCUCAGAGAACGAAGAAAGACAAUGCACGAACAUCAAAAGAACCUGAGAAGUAAAAGUGAAAGGAACAAAGAGUUGCCUAUCCCCGAGUGUUCGCACAAUCAAUAUGAAAACUUCUCUCUGUAUGAGGAACUUGGGAUAUCUAAAUAGAAAAAUACUUGUCCUUGCCUUUGAACAAAAAUCCUUGCUGCGCAAAAAAGCCCCCCCCCCCCCCCCCAGAUGCUUCCUGCCUGAUAUAUUAGUUAAAGAUUUUUUUAUCUUAUUCGAAUGAAGAGCUAUUUUCUCCGAACCAUAAUAUGGUGAUGGUGAUGGUGGUUGUAAACUUAUUCCAUCAAGCAAAUUUACCUGAAUCCAAAACAGGUAAAAUAAAAGUGAGAAGUAUUCAAACUGUUAUUAAAUUUGAUCGUUUUCAAACCAUCAUUUCUUUUGAAACUAUCCAGCAUUCGUUCAAAAUCGUUUGAUUAAAAAGAUAAAAACAAUCUUUUGCAUGAAAGAAACCAUUCAAAACCAAGAAAAUACAAUUCAAGUAAAUUUGUUAAUAAAAUAUUCGUUGUAAAUUUGUCCAUGGUAAAGAUCCAAAGACUAGUAUUAUUUAAGCUGCCCUUAUUUAUAACGUGAAUAUCAUUCUAUUUCUAUAAAUUUUGCAUGGUCGUCCUUAGAACAGUUUCUGUUAUUUUAUGUUUCUAGGUCCGGAUAUAGUUUUCGUUAUUAAUCUUUACACUUGGAUAUAUUGCUUUCAUUAUUACUUUUAGGGGCAAUUUUUCAAUGCUUACUUGCAUUUGUUUUGUUUACUGUUAUUCCUUUCCUGUAUAGUUUUUAUUUGUCAAAACAGUUAUUUGACAGUAUGUUUUUUUUCUAUCAACCCAGCUGUGUUGCUGCAACAAUCGAUCAAUUUCAAAUCAUUACCAAUUAUGACCGAAAUGAUUAUGGAUACUUUUUAAAUUUCAUUAAGCAAAGAAUUAAUAUCUGACAGCCUUAUGUACUGUAUUUAAUGAUACAUGUAUUUUAUAUCUGUGUUGAAAUAUCGUUUGGGCAGUAACAUCAAUAUUUCUGACAUUCGUUCAUAUAUUUAGUAACUUGCUAAUUGGUAUGUUUUUCGUUUGUGUAUUACUGUGAUGUCAUUAAUAUUCAAGGGUAUCAAGUUUCGUGGAUAAAGUGAAAAUCACAGUUUCAAGAAUACGUUAAUUUGUGGCCAAUGACCCUAUCAAUACAAAUGUUAAUAGAAACCACAGUAUAUUAUUCGUUAUUUCUUUAACAUACAUUUCUAAUAAUGCUUUUAUUCAUGAAAUUUGUAAAAUGAUGGCAAUACACGCCGUUCCCAAUUCUUCAAAGUUUUGCAUUUUCAUUACAGAAAUCAAUGAUUUAAUCUGCCCUCCUUAGAAUCUUCACACACAAUAUAUGUAAUAUCUCUAUGCAGUUAGUUAAUUAUGUAUAUAUGUCACUUUACUUGUACUUUCUUUUUGUAUUUUAACACAAUUUCCUCUGACGUCAUUUGAACAUUGUAUAUUUUUUCUGAGCCUCAGAUCUUUAGUAUGAUCAUGGUGAAUAAACUGAACUGAAAUAGUUUAAAACUUGGCUUCUAAGGUCAUACUAAAUAUUGUUGUAGUGGUAGUUUUAGCAUUAAGAUAAAAAUGAAAUGCAUUUAAAAUUAUGUUGUGUAAACAUUUAAUCGAUAUCAUUUCAUUUAUUAUUGUUGAAAUGUACAUUUGUUCUUUGCCAUUUAUGAAAAGUCUUUGGCAACUUACUUUAAAAUAUUACGCACUUUGAAAAAAAAUGUUCAAUGUGCGUCUAACUUGUUACCAAAUCAGCUCAUUUUUUUUCAAAGUGAGUUAAUAAUUUUGGGACCGAAACAGAGCACUUUGAUCUUUUUUUCAAAGUGAAUAAUGAGUGUUAACAUUCAUAUCUUUUUCAUCAAUAAAUUUAUAAAACUA